CUCCAAAUUUUUAUUUUAUCAUUUUCUUCCACUCAUUCCAUUGUCUUCUUCCCCCUCCUCGCCUCAAAAGAAAAGACCUCCCCUUUCUUGCUUCAGAAAAAGAGAUAAUACCAAAUGAAUUACCAUCACUAGCAACAGACAUGUCCAACAAAGGAAAAGACAUAGCUGAAGGAUCCUCGCCUGCUUCAGAUCAUCAUCAUCAUCAACAACAGCAACAGCAGCCUCUGAGCAGGUAUGAAUCUCAGAAGAGAAGGGACUGGAACACCUUUGGACAAUACUUGAGGAACCAAAGGCCUCCAGUGGCACUUUCACAGUGCAAUUCCAACCAAGUGCUUGAAUUUCUGAGGUACUUGGAUCAAUUUGGAAAGACCAAAGUGCAUGUUCAAGGGUGUUUGUUUUUUGGUCAAGCUGAACCGCCUGGUCCUUGUACUUGUCCUCUAAGACAAGCUUGGGGGAGCCUUGAUGCUCUCAUUGGGAGGCUUAGAGCUGCUUAUGAAGAAAAUGGAGGCUUGCCUGAGGCCAAUCCUUUUGCUAGCGGCACCAUAAGGCUCUAUCUACGCGAGGUUCGGGACUCUCAGGCUAAGGCUAGAGGGAUCCCUUAUAAGAAGAAAAAGAAGAAGAGGAAUGUCAUGAAGGCUAUGACUGAGGGUGUUUCAAGUUCAAGCUUGCCUAUGCAGUAGAGAAAUUUUAUAUGGCUUGCUCUUCAGGAUGAUGGUCCCUAAAUAAUGUCAAAGUCCUGAAAUUGUUACAAGGCCUUGUAUAACUAGCAGCACUCCUGGAAUUGGUUAUAAUUGACUCUAGAUAAAUCCUUUGGGUCAACUUAAUUAUAACUAAGCAUUACCCUGUGGUUAUGUUUCACGAAGUGUAUUUUGUUUAUUUGAAUGAGAACUUAGACUGAAGUUGAGGAAGAAAUAAUGGUAAGUCCUACUGUAUUCACCCUUAUGAAUUUGCAUCCAUGCAUUAUCAAGCAUAUCAUGGUGAAAAUAACUUUGAAUUUCCUUUCAAGUGUGUAUGAUUAUAUUCAUGAUACCAUUUAUUUUCACGGAAGUUUUUAUGCCA